AGCUUCAGUUCGUUUUUCGCCUCGUUACUGAGCGGUUGUGCCAUGUGUCCACUCACUACGAUUUUGUUUCUGCUGGUCGGAUUUCUGGCCUUGUUUUAUGUCUUCCUAGUUUGGAACUUUGGGUAUUGGAAGAAGCGGGGGAUCCCCGAAGCCAAGGCAUGGCCUUUCGUGGGCAGCUUCCCGAGCAUGUUUACGCAAAAGCGAAACCCAGUCUACGACACCGACGACAUCUACAACCAAUAUAAAGAAACCGACAAUAUCGUUGGUGUUUACACCACCAGAAGGCCCCAACUUCUCAUCAUUAAUCCGGAAUACAUCCGCAAGAUUUUGGUGAACGACUUCCGCAGCUUCCAUGACAAUGAAAUGAGCCAAUUUAUCGGCGGUUCUGGGGACUCGAUCUUGAAAAACAAUCCGUUCAUAUUGAAGGGCGAGGCUUGGAAGGAGAGGCGUGCGGAAGUCACGCCCGGACUGUCAGCGCAUCGGAUCAAGGCCGCGUACCCGGUGUCCCAAAGCGUGUGUAAAAAACUAGUGGAUUAUAUCAAGAAACAGCAACGAAUGGCCUCGUCGGAUGGCUUGAAUGCCAAGGAUGUGUGCUUGUGCUACACCACCGAAGUGGUCUCCGACUGCGUCCUGGGCAUCUCUGCACAAAAUUUCACGGAUAACCCCACGCCCGUGGUGGGCAUGAUCAAGCGCGUCUUCGAGCAUACCUUUGGAUUUUUCUUCUACAUGACCCUUGCCACCAUCUGGCCUCAAAUCCAAAAAUUCUAUCAGGUCUCUCUGUUUGCCAAAGACGUCGAAGAAUUUUUCUAUGACCUGAUGAAGAAGUGCGUAGUAAUGAGGCGGGAGAAUCCCCAGCAGCGUGAGGACUUCCUCAAUUACAUGCUGCAGUUGCAGGAUAAACGAGGACUGAGUGUGGAGGAGUUGACAUCGCAUACGAUGACGUUCCUAACUGACGGAUUCGAGACAACGGCUCAGGUGUUGGCUCAUACAUUACUCUCACUGGGCCGCUAUCCGAAGGAGCAGCAAAAGUUGAGGGAGGAAAUUGGCAAGGACGAACUGUCCUUUGAACAGAUGAGUGAUCUGCCCUACCUGGAUGCCUGUAUUCAUGAGGCUUUGAGACUUUUCCCCCCUGGCUUGGUACUCCGCAAAUUGGUAACCCAGCCCUAUGAGUUCAUCAACAAGAAUGGAGUCAGGGCGCAAGUGAAGCCCGGCCAUGUGGUCAUCAUCCCAGUUAAUGCUCUCCAUUAUGAUCCCCAAUACUACGAAGACCCGAAAACCUUUAAGCCAGAGCGCUUCUUGGAGGAGAACGGAGGAAUGAAGAAAUACAGGGACCAAGGCGUUUACUUCGGCUUUGGCGAUGGUCCUCGCAUCUGUCCAGGUAUGCGUUUUGCUCUCACCCAACUCAAAGCAGCUUUGGUGGAGAUUGUACGUAACUUUGACAUCAAGGUUAAUCCCAAGACCCGCAAGGAUAAUCAGUAUGAUGACACCUACUUUAUGGCCGCCUUGAAGGGUGGCGUUCAUCUGGAUUUCGUUGAACGUCAAUGAUUCUAAGUACUUCUGCUAUAAAGUUUAGCAAUUUUGAUGUUGAUCUUUUUUUAUUAAUAAAGAAGUAUAUUUUACAUUUGUGACAAUUUUAA